CCGGCGCACUGACACAUCCAGUAGCUGCGAGUGACUGAGAUAAACAGACAUAAACAUGAAUUGGGCAUUUCUGACUGUGACUGCUGCGCUUUUGGCUGCGCACAACAGCUGCAGUUAUUCCAGCAGCGUCCCUUCAUUCAUUCUGCCGUUCACGGAGUGCGUCCACAGCCGCGGGAGAGACGCUUCCUACCGGGGAGCGGUGGACGUCACCGAGUCCGGGGCCCGGUGCAUGAACUGGAGCGAGGUGUCCGGGUUUAGGGAGCGCUACCCGGGGAAAGGAAUAGGGCAGCACAAUCACUGUCGCAACCCAGACGGCAGGAUCCGACCCUGGUGCUUCUUCAGGAACAACAGAGGCAGAGUGGACUGGGGAUACUGCGACUGCAAACAAGGCUCAGUGCGUCUGCAGGGAGGCCGGUCCAAGCUCGAUGGUAGGGUGGAAGUUUAUAUACAGGGAGUGUGGGGGUCUGUGUGCAGCGAUGACUGGGGGGACGAAGACGCUGCAGUGGUCUGUAGACAGCUGGGCAAAGGGAUGUCAGGUCGUGCACGUGCAUCCCCCCUGUCCCGUCUGGGGAUGACCAAGCUCCACUGGAGGGCUGUCCAUUGCCAGGGGGAGGAGCCAGACCUGCUGCAGUGUCCCAAGACCUCCUGGAAUGGAGGGGAAUGUGCUCUGGCUGCAGCCGUCACCUGCACCCAGCCACAAGCACUUGUGGCGCUCCCUGUGCGGCUGGUAGGGGGUCGGUCGGGGUCAGAGGGCACAGUUGAGGUCUUCCAUGGAGGGCAGUGGGGUUCCAUAUGUGAUGACCAAUGGGAUGACAGUGACGCAGAGGUGGUCUGCAGACAGCUGGGGCUGAGUGGUGUGGCGAGGGCCUGGGGCCAGGCGUAUUUUGGAGAGGGUUCAGGCCGAGUGUGGCUGGAUGAGGUGCGCUGCACAGGGAAUGAGCUUUCUGUGGAGCAGUGUCCUAAAAGUGCCUGGGGGGAACACAACUGUCUGCACUCAGAAGACGCAGGGGUAUCCUGCAGUCCACUCACAGAUGGUACUGUUAGGCUGGUAGGGGGUGCUGGCAGCAAUGAGGGACGUUUAGAGGUCUUCUACCGUGGCCAGUGGGGGACAGUGUGUGAUGACGGCUGGACCGACUCCAACACACAAGUUGUGUGCCGGCAGCUUGGCUACAGGUCAGGUGAGACUCUUCUUUCUGAGGGGUUAGAUAUCACCCCAGUCCCACGGUUUGGGGUGGGCUCUGGUCCCAUCGUUUUGGACGAUGUGAGCUGCACAGGAAAAGAGCCGGGCCUGUUGCUGUGUAACAAACGGGAGUGGCUCCGACAUGACUGCACACACCACGAAGAUGUCAACAUCGUUUGCAGUCCUGAGCGCACUGGAGAAGGCCUCCCUACCAGUGUGCCAGUUCGGCUUGUGGGAGGGGAGAGCCCCAAGGAGGGCCGGGUAGAGCUCUAUCUGUCUGGUCAAUGGGGGACGGUGUGUGAUGAUGGAUGGACUGACCGUGAUGCUGAGGUGGUGUGUCGACAGCUGGGAUUCAGUGGGGUGGCGAAGGCCCGUGUGAUGGCCUACUUCGGCGAGGGGUCAGGACCGAUCCAUGUGGACAACGUGAAGUGUAGUGGCGAAGAGCGUUCAUUGGCUGACUGUAUCAAACAGAUGCCCGGCAUGCACAACUGUCGCCAUAGUGAGGAUGCAGGGGUCAUCUGUGACUAUGGCCAGCCACAGCCUGGCUCCAAAGAGGUCAAAGAUCCUGUCGACUCAGUUUGUGGUCUGCGGCUCAUACAUACACGCCAGCGCCGAAUCAUAGGAGGAGAAAACUCUCUGAGGGGUGGCUGGCCAUGGCAGGCUGCGGUUCGUUUGCGAGGAUCUCGGGGAGAUGGGAGGUUGGUGUGUGGAGCGACUCUCAUCGACAGCUGUUGGGUUCUCACUUCAGCACACUGUUUCAAGAGGUACGGAAACAGCACUAAGCAGUAUAAAGUUAGAGUGGGUGACUACCACUCCCUGGUUCCUGAGGAAUAUGAAGAGGAGUACGGCGUCGAGCACAUUGUCCUUCAUCCCAGUUACCACUCCCAUAGCAACGAUUAUGACCUGGCCCUGGUCCGUCUGUCACCUGGGGCAUUGGGCCACAGGCCAGGACAGUGUGUGUCAUUCAGCCGUCAUGUCCUUCCCGCCUGUCUGCCUCUGAGGAAAGAGAGAGUGCUCAAACAAGCCAGCAACUGUCACAUUACCGGCUGGGGCGACACAGGCCGCUCAUACUCUAAGACCCUGCAGCAGGCCCCGCUCUCCCUGCUCCCCCGUCGCCACUGCCAACAGCGCUUCCACGGCGCCUUCACAAACCGCAUGCUGUGCGCUGGCAGCAUCCAAUCAGAGAGGCGUGUGGACAGUUGCCGGGGCGACAGCGGGGGUCCGUUGGUGUGUGAGCGUCCGGGUGGGGGCUGGGUGGUUUACGGGGUCACGUCCUGGGGUCACGCCUGCCGGACUCAACAGUCCCCUGGCGUCUACACCAAAGUGUCUGCCUUCAGCUCCUGGAUACGUAAGGUGAUCGGACGUGAUGAAGGCAAAGGGUGGUGAGAAGGUGGCUUGGUGAACUUUAAUAAAGGACUUCUCAAUCAGAAAGAGAGACUCCUCAAGGCUGACUUGAUCGGUCAAAGAGAGACGAAGCAAUACUGUGCAGUUAUGAGCAAUCUGAAUCAGGACUUUUGAAUGGACGGGCCAGUGCAAGGCUGGCUUUUUUCUCCUGGAGA